CCGCGGAGAGGCCCCGCCCCGGGGACCGUUAGCGAGGCGCGCGGCGGCGGGCAGGACGGCGGCGGGCUCCGCACUGGCGGCCUGCGUGCCCGGGUGGGCGCGGCGGGGCCAGGGGACUGCGGCGCGGCCCCGGGCGGCGGCGGCGGCGGCGGCGGCGGCAGCAGCGGCAGCGGCGGCGGGCGCAUUCCCCAUUUCGUGUCGGCUGGGAGUGCUUCGCGCCAUGCCGCCCAGGCCGAGCAGGCAGUGGGAGAAGCAGCACCUCUGGCUCUACCUCCUGGCCCUGGGCUUCGACCCGGCGGCCGUCGGUGGGCUCGUCAGCAGCAGCUGCGCGCUGGGCGUGAACAUGUUUGAUGCUCCGAACAACAAUGCUUUUUAUGUCGUUGCAAUCUUCUUGUUUACUAAGCUGGAUCCAUCACGUGCAGCAGCAACGUUUGGAGACUGUUCCUUUCCAACAGACAAAAAAACAGAUCCUGAAUUUAGGAAGCAAUGCUGUAGCUGGCUAAAAGACAUUGCAGAUCAAUGCAGAAACACUUUUCCACAAAUUGUGACAUCUUUAUUUCUUUCUCCUGGUGGUCCUAAAUUUAUUCGUCUAAUGUAUCAGUUUGCAAGAUAUGUAGUGAUUCAGGACAUGAAAGUGAACUCUGUAGGCACUGGUAUACCUUUUGCUCAAACUGCAAAAUUAAGACCUCAGGAUCUGUACAAGGCAAAAGCAAGAUACAGAGUGGCAUAUAAUAAAUUUCUGCAAACUCUUCAAAAGGAAGAUUUUAUAAUUCAAGAAUAUAAGAAAAAAUCACAGUUGCUAAUUAAAGAAAUAAAGCAGAUAAGGCUUGAAUAUGCAGAUAUGCAGAUAGAAUUUUCAAAGAUGAAAAAAAAUGACCAAAGCAAAAUUGACAAAACUGAGAGAAUUCAAAAGAUCCGCAGUAUGUGGACAUUUAUAAUGGAUACCCUUACAUCUUUGGAAAAGGAAAAGGAGGUUGUAGAUUUUGUACUUGAAGGUCGUGUUGACCAGUAUGCUUUAGAUGGAACUGAUGUUACUGUCAGCGUUCCACAGCUGCUGGCUGACAAAAUUGAAAGUGAGAUGUACAGGUUGUGCAUAGGAAACAUACAUGAAGCAGAAAAACUGAAUUUCUUAACGGUCAUUCAAUUAUUAAAUGAAGCCCUGAGGAUCUUUAGAGAUGAACGUCAUCAGCUUGAAUUAAAAUCACAUCUUCAGUACAUUGAGAAUAUGACUGAACUGAACAAUAAAAUACUGUUGAAUUUGAAAACAAUGAGCCGAAAAGUAGAGCGAGAGUAUUGUACGUCAGUACGUGAAUCUAUUUCUGAAAAACAGAAGGAGUGGCAAAUGAAGUGGAAAAGUUAUCUUGGUCACUCUCCUUUUUGUUUAACUACAGAUCAGGAUCCAGAACUUGAUUUGUUACCAGCUAUGGAACCCCUUUCUUUUCAUCCUGCAACAGAAGAAGCUUAUGAGAAUAGCGUCUUCUGUCAGCAUCCAGUAUCAGUUUCAGAUAUUUUUGAAUCAAUUUGUGAUACAAGUUAUGAAGAUGAUGAUGAGAGACUGGAAAAUGUGGUGGUUAAGUCAACAGUAACACCAAAAAGAAGGAUCUCCUCAACAUCUUCGGAGUUGACAAGCACAUCUGAAAUCAGCAACGAGUUACUUGAGAAGGACUUGCAUACUGAAACUUGCAAUCAGAAAGAACAGCCUGUCUCUGCAAAUAUUUUAAAAUAUGGAAAGGAUGAGCCUAGCAUUGUAGAAGCAUGGGAGAAUACAGGUGCUCAUGUUAUCCAGAGAGAGAGUCCUCUCAGAAAAGACUUCAUUGAGAAAGCCCGAGAACAACUGGCAGAAGAGGUUGCAAAAGCAGUGAUGUCUCACUCACCUGAGAAUAGCGGAGAAAAAGGAAUGGAGCUGGAAGAUCUCAUUAGCUCACUGGCUUCUAACCCAUUUAUCACAAGGAGACAAAUUCCCCGAACUCCGGAAAAUCUACUUACUGAAAUUAGAAGCUCAUGGAGAAAAGCUAUUCAGAGUGAGGACUCAUCAAGCACGGAGAUAGCCUCAUCCAAAAGAAUGACAGAAGCUCCAAAGGGUGCUAGUCCUGUAAUGCAGGAUAAAGCUGGCUCUAGCUUAGCCUGUUCUACCUCCUUAUCUCCUGUAUCUGACCUUGAUUCUGCUUCAUCAGAAAGGAAGUCCCAAUUAAGCUGGAUAGAAUUUUCACCUCGAAAGCAGAUGAAGAUAAAUCACAUCAAUGAAUUUCCAGUGAAGGAAACAGCUGGAAUAUCAGAGAGUGAGAGAACUGAGAAACAGGAGUUAGAAAGUACUGUUUUGAACAGAGGUUUUGUGGAAAAUCCAAAAGCAACUCCAUAUGUAAAGAAAAGCAUGAAUACUCUAGAUAGUUAUGCAGAAAACAAGAGAACAGUUAUUCUAUCCUCAGACCACUUUCAGCAUUCCUGUGUGGAUAGAACUCGGCUGUGGGAUUCGAGUCCAGUGGUAAGUUCUGACAGUUGUGAUGCUGCCCAGUUUGGGAUAUGGCAUGAGACUCUCUCUGAACUUGAUUACAUAAAUUCUGAUGAAUCUGCAAUCUCAGAGACUGAUUUUGAUAUACUGGACAACAAAUAUUUACCAAGUGGCACAAAAAAUAAGAGAGAUGCUCAAGCAGAUUUACAGUCUGUUCUUGGCAGAUAUGAAAUGCUGAAAAAGACUCUAUCUGGAAAUGAAGAGGAACUGUGUCAGACACUAAUUGCAGAUGAAUCUCUGAGUUCUAGCUCAGAGCUAGAUCGUACACUAGAAAACGCACAAAAAGAUGAACUUCCUCUAGAAGGACUAUUUUGCUUGGAUGAAGACUUUCUCAAAAUGCAAUCACCAUUACCUUUUUCUGAAAGUAAACAUUCCCUGUCACCUUUACUGAUGUUUUCUCAAGAUCUGGAGGAAAUGGCAUCAAUGAUACACAAAACCCCUUUUGACUUCAUGCAUAAAUUGAAGGACAGAGAGCAGUUGAAUGAGAAGCUGGACACAAAGGAACCAUCAUCAUGACAGAAUCUGUAAAGCUGAAGCAGAGCCAUAAGUAGUAGAAUUGUGGUUCACUUGUGUAUAGCAUGUUCUCCAAAUGCUGCUCAGAUAGGGAGGCUGCACUCUUUCCUGCUUCCUAUGGAAACUGUUCCAGAUUCCUCAUUCAAGAAUGUCAGUUGCCCACUCUGGCUUCUCCAGUUUCAUUUCAUCCAUAGUAACAUUAUGUGUGUAGACUCUUAUUUGUAUACAGAAUGGUAUAUUCCUUCAUGUAUAUAGCUUUUUAAAUAUAUCAUGUCAAGGACUAGCUGAACAUGGCCAAUCCUAAAAAAGGGAAAACAGUAGGUCUCAGAAAUGGGAAAUAGUGAAAUUUUCAAUGUCUCUUGCCCCAAAAAUGUGUUAUUUGGUGCUCUGUAUUGUGUGGGUUAUUCUUUCUCACUGAGACUUCUGGUCAAAUAUUUUAAUCAGUUUUCCCUUUGAUAAGGACUACUCUUUCUUUUCAUAACCUUCCACUUUAGUGCGUAUUUCUUUAUGUGUAUUGUUGCUGAAUAAUAGUUUUGAAUAAUAGUUGCUAGUUUUCAAUUAAAAUUCUAAAAGUGUGUGACUUGCUAUAUUAAUACCAUUUUAAUUUCUCAUAGUUUCUGUUAGCUAAGAUUUAUGUAAAUGUGUGCAUGUAUAAUAUAUACACUUAUGACAUCUUGCUAUGAAAUAACUAAUAACAUAACCAAAAAAAAAGUUGUAAAAGUCUAAGCAGACUAAGUUCCAGUAGACAAAGUUCCUAAUGUAAGAGUUGUCUCAUCUAUUAUGGCCUCUCCAUGGAAAAAACAGUUAAUUUUAUGUAGUAGAUCUAGGACAAAUAUUUGCAUCAUCUUUCAUUAAAUAAAUCUGUCACCUAAUAAUCUA